UUGACCCUUUCUUACCAAUUUCUCUCUCUCAUUGGCUUGUUCUCGCAAGCAAUACCUCUCCGUUCAAAAUGUCCCUUUAACGAAAGGUUUCCCUUUCCUUUCCUUCUUUUCCUCAUCAAAAUUGAAGCUCCUGAAACGAGAACGGAAAAGAAAGAAAGAGAGAGAGGUAGACCUAGGCUGAGAUAUGAAGAACAAUUACAUCAUAGAAAUAACCCUCAUCUCCGCACAAGGACUUAAGAAAACAACAACCUUCCGUCGCAUGAGAACUUAUGCUGUCGCUUGGAUUGAUUCCUCCGUCAAGCUCCGUUCUUGCAUUGAUUGUGUCGGCGGUGAAAACCCAACAUGGAAUGAUAAGUUUCUCUUCAAGGUUUCAUCGGAGUUUCUUUACAGCGAAACCUCCGGCAUUUCGAUUGAGAUCUUCGCGGAUGGUAUCUUCCGCGAUACCCUUGUUGGAACUGUUAGAUUGCUCGUUGGUAACCUCCUUCGAGACGGCUCGUCCUACAUUGCUAUAAGGGUUCCUUCUUUUAGUGCAGUACAAGUCCGCCGACCUUCCGGUAGGUUCCAAGGGGUUAUAAACAUCGGCGCAUCGGUUCUUUGGACUUCGGAUGUCCCGGCCAUGAGCGGCGUCUCCGCCAUGGGCUUUCAUAAUCUAUUUCAAGAGAACCGCAUACCAAAAGGCGUGAGGAGAUCACAUUCUAGUAUAGGUAUAUCUUAUGAGAAUCGAUUCGUUCGUGGUUCGACGUACUCGUCAUCCCCAUCGACAUCAAUGGCUUCGAAGGAGCGGAAGAGGAUGAUUAAGGAAACGGAGGAAACGAAACAUGCAAGGUCUUCAUCAGAUGGUGCUAUAUUGGGUGUCGGGUUGGGGUUGUCGCCUAAGAAGGCGGCUUAUCUCCACCCAUUUGGCCUCAAUCAAAGAUUUCAUGACCGGAAACUGACGAAAGUCCGGUCAAGUCUGACUUCCUAAGCAUCUGGUUUGUGAUUCAUUCAAAAGUUUUACCUAAUGUUCAACAUUUAAAUUCAACCGGUAAAAAGAAUACCAAAGUAAGCAUUGUUUCUCACUUUCUACUUUCCACCUACAUUGGUAAAUUAUGGCGUUGUUUGUUUUCUAUAUAAGAGAAAUUAUGGUGUUGUGUAUUA